GACCGGCCGGGGGCGGGCGCACAACCGCAGCCCGCGGCAGAGGCGCGGGCGCGCUUAGGCCGAGUGCUGGGCGGCCCGGGCGGCCGCACCAUGGAGCCGGGCACCGAGGAGUACGAGCUCAACGGCGACCUGCGCCCGGGCUCCCCCGGCUCCCCCGACGCCUCGCCACCCCGCUGGGGUUGGAGGAACCGGCCCAUCAAUGUAAACCAUUAUGCCAACAAGAAGAGUGCUGCGGAGAGCAUGCUAGACAUCGCCCUGCUCAUGGCCAACGCAUCGCAGCUGAAAGCCGUGGUGGAACAGGGCCAUGACUUUGCCUUCUUCGUGCCCCUCGUGGUCCUCAUCUCCAUCUCCCUCGUGCUGCAGAUCGGAGUGGGCGUAUUGCUCAUCUUCUUGGUCAAGUAUGACCUUAACAACCCAGCCAAGCACGCCAAGCUGGACUUCCUUAACAACCUGGCCACGGGACUGGUAUUCAUCAUCGUGGUGGUCAACAUCUUCAUUACGGCCUUUGGGGUCCAGAAGCCUGUAAUGGACGUGGCACCCCGGCAGUAGGGCACCCAGAGUUAUCUGACCCGCAGCCCAGCUGUCCAGACCCCUGCAGCUGCCGUGCCCUCCAGGCAUCUCUCCUUUUGUGCACAGCACUCCCUUAAACCACCAGAGCCCACGCUGGCCACCGCUGGACCAUGGACAGGGAUGGACUUCCAUCCAACUGUCACUGCUGUGUGGGCAGCCACCCAAGGCAUGUGGGAUCUGGAUGCACGGCCAUGAAGAUUAGAACUGGACAGCCCCACAGAAACCCAUGCCUGGAGAAUGGUCGCUGCCCACCCAAGGACAUGCAGCAAGUCCACGAUUGGGCUCGAUGAGGGGCCAGCACUGGCCUCUGUCUCAGGACAUUCCAGAAGGACCAGGAUAUGCCCCUCCCUCUGCUGAUGCAUCACUGUCCCUAUUUCCCAUGGAGCCUGCACAGGUCACUCUGGAGACUGCUGCCUCUGCUGUUUCCUAACCCCCGGACCUUGGACAGCCAACGGUAUCGUCAGCUCCAGUACAAGCCUCAGUGCCUGGGCUUGGCUGCCAAUCAUUAAGAGGCAGCCAUGCCAAUGGGGGCUACAGGUCAUGCUGGUACUGUCUGCCAGCAGUGACCUGGGAAGAACCCUAGCCCCCUACUCAGGGGUUUAGGCCCCACUUUUCUAAUCAGGAACGACAAUAAAGCUUAUAUGCUUC